AUGUCAAUGAUAACUGAUCCAUUCUCAAGAAGCAUUGUCUCAACCACAUUCCCAAUUGAGGAUCUUAAAUUCGUGUAUUCUGUACCUCAAAUAGUGGAUCCAGAUCCAAUGACCUGCAUAGUGGAAUAAACAGCACAUGAAGAGGGAGCAAUUUAUGUAGGAGGAUAUGAAGGAGCCAAAGAUCUUGAAACCUUAAAACGAUUAAAGAUCAGAGCUGUGUUAACUGCAAGUCAAGAGACAGCUGUUUAAUAUUCAGAUCUUAUUGUUUAAUUUCAUCACGUGAUUUAAGCACAUGAUAAGGAUGACUAUAACAUUUUACAAUUCGCUGAUUAGACCUUUGAUUUUAUAGAGCGUCAUCGAAAGCAUACGAAUAUAUUGGUUCAUUGUUUUUUGGGGAUAAGUAGAUCGCCCACUAUCGUUGCUGCGUAUUUAAUGCGCAAAAAUAAUAUGAAUAUGGAGAAAGCCUUAUGGAAAUUAAAGUCGAAGCGUAGACAAGUCAAUCCAAAUUCAGGCUUUUUGAAACAAUUACUCAAUUAUGAAAACCUACUAUAACAAUAACAAUAAUAACAAUAAUAGCAAUAGUAAUUAAAACCAAAAAGCAUUUUUAAAAUGGUUCGAUAAUAAGCUGCACCUUAAACUCAAAUGCUUCCUCAAAGUAGAAUUCUUCCAAUGGAUAGUAGAGUUAUUUUUUAGAAGUAACCUUCGCAAUAUAUACCAUAACCAUAUUACAAAUGA